AUGGCAGCGAAGGGUGCGCACUGGUCCGAUGCCGAGGUCCGUUGUCUGUUGGAAAUUUGGGCUGACGCCAACAUCCAGAACCUCCUCGACAAGACUCAUAAAAACUCGGAAAUAUUUGCGGAAAUCCGGGACUAUCUGACUGACCGCGGGUAUCACCGUACAGUUGAGCAGUGCCGAGAUAAAAUAAAGAAGCUACGCAUGCGAUACAUCCGAGUCCGCGAAGCGCUUCGGAAGUCUGGAGGCUCUUCUAACGAAAAACUCAAGUUCCACUACUACGACGCCGUCGACGCAAUUCUAGGCUCGAAACUAAGCAGUCACCCAAGUAUUUUCGAGCCGGCGUCUCAGCAGAACAAUGGAGCGGAAACCCCACUGAGCGGUGAGAAUAUAAAAUGUGAACUUGAAGAUAAGGAGGCAGUUCUGCAACUCCUGCAGGACAUUCAGUUGGUUACCCUCCCGGAACCCAGCAGCUCCUCUCAGACAGAGAGUGGAGACCACAGCCAAUCACAGAGCCCUUUGCCUCUCAUCAGUGAUGUCUCCACCUGGACCAGCUAUAAAUCAAAUGCAGAUGCAAAUAGUUAUUCAGGACAUAUUGCUCGCUCCUCCAUCUCUUCCCCAAUACCAGGGUCCUCUGCUCAAGUGACCAAAGCCAUUGCCAAUUUUCUCAUCAUGGAUCUCCAUCCUCCCACGCUGGUAGGCGGUAAAGGCUUCAUCAAGCUGAUCCACUGCCUGUUUCCCUCUUACAAGGAACUUCCAUCCCGUUUCCUCCUUGAGGACCUCCUGACAGAACACCACAGAAAAGUAAAGAAGGGCCUUGCUGAUAUGAUGAGGACAUCUAGUAAUGGAGAAACUGAAAAGAUAUGCGAUUACACCAGGCCAAUAGAGAAUGAGUGCAGGAGACACGGGCGACCUCCCAGACAACAGGGGGAGGUUCCUUACUGUGUCACUUUAAGUGCAGAAGUUUGGGUGCACAUCUGGGAGGGCAAUAAUGAGGGCUAUGUCACACUCUGGGCGCAUUACAUAGACACUAACUUUAAUUGUCACAAUGUCUGCCUGGCAACCCAAAGACUCAUAGAGCGUGUCAUGCCAGACAACAGCCUUCAAAGUUUAGAAAUCCAAGUAAAGAUUAUGGCCCAAGAGUGGGGAAUCGCCCAUCUUAAUCUGGUCUUGCUUGGAGGACAAGGAAGGACCCAAAUGAGACUCCAGCCCAGAAACAAAGAAAAAUGUGCAGGAAGUGACUGUCACCCCAACUCAAUAAUCUUUAUAGAGAAGGAAAAAGCUGUGCCAUCCAAUAAGUCACAGAAUCUAGAAUGCAGUCCUUUAAGUGAAGGGCUACUAUUUGUGCCAUGUUUCUUCAGCGUUGUGCAGAGCUGCAUUGAAGCAGUGAUGUCACACCCCGUCGUCUCAAAGACACUCUCCCAAUUCCAGGGUGUUCUUUUAAUCCUGCUCCAGCCUCCUGGUCAUUCCAGCCCCUUAUUAUAUUCCCAGAGCGUGCUGCAAACAUUGAGCAAACAGGAGCAAAUGGAGUUGAACUCAUGGGCCUGUCACUGUCAACCCAACUGGUAUAGACUCUAUCCUCUGCUGAGCACACUCCUCAAGCAUAAAAGCCUCAUCAUGGAUUUUGUUAAAGAGGCCAAAUGUGAAAACGUACCUGAUGAAGAAACCGCUUCAGCAUCCAGUUCAUUUAACAGUUGUACAAACUCUUCAUCCAGGUCAGCAAAAUCAAACAUGGUGCCAUCACUUUGUGAUUGGAGUAUUGUGGAGGAGUUAAUUUCAGUCCUCAAACCUUUAGAUGUGGCAUGUCAAACGCUUGCUAAAGAAGCCUUCCCACGCUUGUCUUUAAUGAAACCCAUUCUUACUGGCCUGCUUUCCCGCCACCUCGUAUGCCGACCAGGAGACUCAAUAAUUCCAAAGGAGAUGAAGCAGAUGGUGAGGGAAAGGUUGGCGAGUCAUUACAGCAACCCAGAAGUCAACAGGGUUUUAUGUGUGGCCUGUGCCCUUGACCCCCAGUUUCAUGGGCUGGGAUUCAUGGAGAAGACGGAACAAAACAAGACGUUUGAGUGGCUUAAGAAAGACGCCAUCAGGAUAGCGAAGGAGGAGGAUGGGAAGACAGGAAAAAUUAAGAAUUUAAGCUCGAGCAAAAGGAGCCUAUCUGACUCACCAGAGUCAGAGAGUUACUUCUUGAGAAGCAAACGUCUCAAACAGUCUUGCCUGAUCAACCUUAGGGAUAUAGAGGAUGAAGAGGAGGAUGAAGAUGAGAUGGAGUUGGCAGAGCCUGACUCACAAGGUGAGGUGUCUGGUAUAGAGUUCUUGCUCGGGGACUUGUUCUCCACAACCCGGAGGAGGCAGGACACUGUAGAAGAGUCUGUAGACAUAGAAGUAUCAGUGUUCAGAGCUGGGGCAGGGGCUUCAUUGGGAAUCGAGCCCCUGCAGUGGUGGAGGACAAAGGCAGUGCAGUUCCCACUGUUGGCUAAAGUGGCACUGGCCUACUUGGCUGCCCCAGCCGUGGUAGGUGAUAUGGCACGGGACUUUGUGCAGGACAGAACAGGAGCAACCAAGAGGAACAGACACAACAUCUCACCAGCCAGUUUGGACACAAUCCUGUUUCUGCAUUACAACCACAUGCUCACCUCUAACUUCAGUUGCAGUUAGGCAUGAAGAUAUCAAG